AUGGAGAUAGAUUUAAUCACAAUAAAAGCACCUCAGUUUAGCAUAACCCAGGUCAAGAACACUUUCUUGAAAAUAAGUAAAACUGCAACAGGCCCUGAUGAAAUCCCAUUUUGGGUAUGGAAAGAAAACGCUGAUGUAUUUGCACCUGUUAUGACCAAGAUUUGGAAUGAAUCUCUCUCUACAUCCACAUGGCCUACCUCUUGGAAAAUUGCUCAUAUAGAUCCUUUACCAAAACUCGAGAAUCCAAAAGAAUAUU